AGUAUUGAUGAAUUGUAAACUUCAAGAAAAUAAUUGAAUACUAUUGGUUUAGAAUUAUAGAAAUUUGUAAAUCACAAAAAUAAUACAUUUAUAAUUAAAUAUUAAUAUGUGUGAAAACUCUAAAAAAUACAUUAUUUAGAAACAGAUGGAAUAUUUAGCAAAUAACUAAUCACAAUGGAGGCUUUCACAAAUUUUGUCUCUGAUAUAUUCAACUUUAUUGAUGUCGAUACAUAAAAAGAGAGAAAUAGGUGAUUUAGCUUUAGUUUUGAGCAGUUUGAUCGUACGUCUUUGUAAGAUCUUUUAUUAUCAUCUCAUUCUCAUCUGCUAUAUAUACACUCCUCCGAGUACAUAACUCGAUGUCUCAGCCUCAAAGCUAUCAAAAUCAACCCCCCCAAAAAACGAAAAAACCUAACAAACAACAAAUAUAUCAAUGGCGGUCUUGUCUAAACCGGUCGCAGUACCAAAAUCCGGGUUCUCUCCAAUCCCGGUUAUAGAUAUGUCUGACCCAGAAUCCAAGCAUGCCCUCGUCAAAGCCUGCGAAGACUUCGGCUUCUUCAAGGUGAUCAACCAUGGCGUUUCCGCAGAGCUAGUCUCUGUUUUAGAACACGAGACCGUCGAGUUCUUCUCGUUGCCCAAGUCAGAGAAAACCCAAGUCGCAGGUUAUCCUUUUGGAUACGGGAACAGUAAGAUUGGUCGGAAUGGUGACGUGGGUUGGGUUGAGUACUUGUUGAUGAAUGCUAGUCUUGAUCCCGGUUCGGGUCCACUAUUUCAGAGUCUUCUAAAAAGCCCGGGAACUUUCAGAAACGCAUUGGAAGAGUACACAACAUCAGUGAGAAAAAUGACAUGCGAUGUUUUGGAGAUGAUUACAGAUGGGUUAGGGAUCAAACCGAUGAACACAAUAAGCAAGCUUGUGUCUGACCAAAACACGGAUUCGAUAUUGAGACUUAACCACUAUCCACCAUGUCCUCUUAUCGACAAGAAGACCAACGGUGGGGAAAAUGUGAUCGGUUUUGGCGAACACACAGAUCCUCAAAUCAUCUCUGUCUUGAGAUCUAACAACACUUCUGGUCUCCAAAUCAAUCUAACUGAUGGCUCUUGGGUCGCUGUCCCUCCCGAUCACUCUUCCUUCUUCUUCAACGUUGGUGACUCUCUUCAGGUGAUGACAAAUGGGAGGUUCAGGAGCGUGAGGCAUAGGGUUUUAGCGAACAGUGACAAAUCUAGGGUUUCUAUGAUUUACUUCGCUGGACCUUCGUUGACUCAGAGAAUCGCUCCGUUGACUUGUCUUAUGGACAACGAAGACGAGAUGUUGUACGAAGAGUUCACUUGGUCUGAGUACAGAAACUCUGCCUACAACUCUAGAUUGUCUGAUAAUAGGCUUCAACAAUUCGAGAGAAAGACUACAAAUAAUAAUACAUUGUUUGAUUAAAUCACUUUGUUCGUGAUAUAUAGAUUUAACUGUGUGCUAUUUGCUUAUGUAUAAAUAAUAUAUGUAUGUUUGAAGUUAAUUGUUGAUCCAAUAA